CCAGACUCCUGUGCGCAUGCGCUGUAAAAUCAAAAUAAGGAAGUUAUCGGUUGACAACAACUCUGAGGCUCAUUUAAACAUUGGUUUUGUUUUCUUGACAUCACAUAAAGCUCUUUUGUCAAAAUGAAGGCAGCUAGAAGCAACAUAUUAUCCACUGGAACCUCCAACAACAAGGUCAAGUAUUCACGGUUGGCUGCUGAUGACGAUGGUUACAUAGACUUACAGUUCAGGAAGAGUCCACCAAAGGUUCCACACAAGGCGAUCGCUCUGGCAAUAUUCCUGUUCCUGGUUGGGUCCUUACUGAUAAUCUUUGGGGCGCUGCUUCUGGCAGGAACCAUAAAGGUUGAGCAUCCCGACCGCACCAUUCCCGUCAUCAUCAUCGGCCUGCUCGUUUUCCUUCCCGGAUUUUACCAUUUGAGGAUAGCCUACUACGCUGCCAAGGGUUACCGAGGUUACUCCUAUGACGAUAUCCCAGAUUUUGGUGACUGAAACAAGAGAAAACUGCUGCCUGUUCUUCCUUUGACGUAUGGCGUACCCUGUACUGUAUGCUGCCCCUGUUUACUUUAUGAAUGUAUGAAACAAAAGAGGCAAUAUUCAUUCUGCCAUCAGGUGGACUUUUGCAGGAGCUUUGCUAAUAUGCUAUACAUUUAUCCAUAUUAUUUACUUUUUUGCCCUGUUUCCUCUAAUUUCUUUUAAACUUUUAUUGCUCCUCAGAGAGCAGCUGUUUUUUUGUUACCAAUGAAUAGUGAGGGGUCAGUAAUAUGUUGCUGUUACACACACACACACACACACACACACACACACACACACACACACACACACACACACACACACACACUACUACUUCCACAGGGUAAGAUGCAGCCAGGUGCUGCUAAUUAUCAGCCCUUGAUGAAUUGAUUCUCAGCAGAUGUUCAGAUGUCUGGGAAAGCAGAUGUUUUGUCAGUUUGCUGGUUUGGAGCACUCAGCUGGUUAACACACUAUCAAUAGGGAGAAGACAUAAUCAUUACUGCUGCACAUCAGCUGGACAGAACUUGUUACAAAACCAUUUCCAAAUGAUUAGAAUCUAUUGGUUGGUUCAGCUUUUUCACAAUCAGAGGAUAUGUUUUUUCCUCAGUAAAACACGGAAUCAACGGAGUCUUCACAGAUGCCGCUUGAAUGUUGGUUUCACAAUAUUUAACUUGAAUAAAUGCAUUAUAUAUUUGUAUUAUGCUAAAUCCUUAUGAAUGAAUUAUAUUUGCAGUACUUGUAAAGUUGAUGUACAAUGUGGUUGUAUUUGUAUAUCUUCUUGCUUUAGGUGUAUUUUAAACUACAAUAAAUACAAAUUGGUAUAAAUGAAA